UUUGAUUUGACAUCUUUUAAAUAUUCUCCUGAAAUUAUAUACAUCCAUGUUUUUGUUUUUUUAAAUGUGCAAAGUCAAAGAUUUAUCUGUGUAAAGAUGUGUAUUUCACCACAUCAGCUGUGCCUUUAAAAAAGAAAAUGUUGCUAGAAUCUGUUGAAGCUAUUUUCACUUCUCUGUUCUUAUGGUAUGCCAGGAUAGACUGGGUUACCAAAAAAAAUGCACUGACAGCAGAUUUUUGUGAUUGCUGAUAGAGUCAAACUGGUCAAGUAUGAGUGCAAUAACACAAUCAUGGAGAGACUCACUGAGCAGUACCUAAAGUGACAUGGAGUGCAAGCACACGGUAAGCUCUCAGUGGCAUUUUAUCUCUUUUAAGUAAGGUGACAACAUAGUAAUGAGAAGUGAUUUAUGUAAUAAUUAAAAUCUAAAGGUUUCAAAUAGAAAUAUAGGAAAAUGUUUUUGAAAAAAUGACUGGAUCUUAUAUGGGUAUGGAAUUAAAGUGAACUCUUUUUACUAUUUCAUUACAAAGGCAAAAAGAAAUGUCUCGCAUUAUGAACUGAAUAAUUAACAUGGGCUUGGUUGUUACUGCAAUAACUAGUGGGUAUUUGAUUUACUUUUGUGUGUGUCAGUAGAAUUCGGGUGAAGGCACAGUGACUUUUUUGGUCAGACCUGGACACCUGGAGUUCUGUAGCUGUCACGGUUUUGUUUAUUUAUCCGCUGCCUUGGUCUCAGUUUGAAACAUAGUUGCUGAAUGUUGGUACUCCUGCUUUUGUAUAUCUCUCUGUAUGAGAAGAGGCUGACUCUCAGUUGAUGAUUUAAAUUAUAUGCAUAAACUGAUCAGCAGCUUAUUGACUUCUCUCUUUGUUUGCCUAAUAUGUUACCACACUCUGAUUUCAAAUUUCAGUUUGAGAAAUUCAGUCUUCUUUUAAAUCUAGUUUCACUUGGGAAUUACCUGCGAACAUGGUGUUAGUCUUUUUGCCUGCAUUCUUAAUAGUCAACACUGACUUCUGUAUCGCAUAUCUGGACCAUUCUAAGUUAAUUGAUGUGUAAUAUGAUGUGCUUCAUUUAGUAUCUUUCAUGUAGUUUUUCGUAGUUAUCUAUUCCUGCUGUAGAACGGUGCAGUUUUACAACUGAAAACUUUAGAUGUUGAUCUACUACACUGGGCAUACCAUCAGAGAUAUCAUAAAUCUGUCACUUUGAUUAUAUCAUGGACCCAUUUCAUUUUAUCGGCAGGAAAUACUUUCUUACCAACACAAUGGUUGGUAUCGUGCUUUUAAAAAAAUUAUAUAGUCAGCAUUUUCAUGCUUUACAAAAAACAAUCAUACAUCUAUGUUUAUGUGCGUUCUGAUUUGUGCAGCAUGUUUGUGCACAGUUAUAUGUCCCUGAUAAGUAUGAGAAAAAAAUAUUCAAACAUUUGUGUUCCAAACAGUCAGUUUGAGUUUCAUUUUCAACUUUCAGUUUCAAUGUGAGAAAAGGAUUGCACUUUUUUUUUUUAAAAAUGUGAUCUUUGGUAAGGAGGCAUCUCUGACUUAAUUUAAAACAAAAAGAGGAACAAUGAUUUGUUUAAGUACAUUACAGCUUUGUCAGCACAGCUCAAUUCAACAGAAGACUUGACAGGUGAUGCUUGAAAAAAUUAACAAUGGCAAACACCUUCACAAUCAAUGACGAAGUGAGUGAUGAGGCUGCCUAUCUUUGUGAGACUGACUUUCCAAUUUCAGCUGGGACACUCUUCAUCUUGAUCUUCAUCAUCAGUGUCAUAGGCAACGGCCUCCUCUUAUGUGUUCUUUUCAUCUACGAGAAACUGACAAGAGUCACAAAUAUUUUCAUCCUAAACCUGACCUGCUCUGAUUUGAUCUUCACCAUCACACUUCCAUUCUGGGCCGUUGAUCAUUUACACCACUGGGUCUUUGGGGACUUUGUCUGCAAAUUUAUGACUGCUGCAUUCUUUGUUGGUUUGUACAGCAGUGUCAUUCUGCUGACUGCCAUGACAGUGGAUCGUUUUAUUAAAGUGGUGCUGCACAAGUGGCCGAGCAACCAUGCUAGAAAGAAGUAUGCAGUCGGUGCUUGUAUAUCUGCCUGGGUCAUCAGCAUCUCAGCAUCCCUGAGUGAUGCUAUGAAAGUAAAGGUGGUAAAGUGGGAUGGUUUUGAAUAUUGUGAGGAUGGAUCUGAUGAAAAGCUUGGACGUUAUCUCCAAGUGUCACUGCUAUUCUUCCUCCCAUUUGCAAUCAUUAUUUUUUGCUAUUCUGCCAUCCUCAAGACAGUUUUACAAGGUUUAAAGAAAAAGAAGCACACGACUGUAGCUUUGCUGUUGUGUAUUGUUGCAGCCUUCUUCAUUUCCUGGGGGCCAUACCAUAUUAUGCUUUUAAUCAAUUCUCUCUAUACACCCAAAGGUUGCAAGGCACAGGGGUGCUUGAGUAUCAUCUACCAUAUUAGUGAAAUGCUUGCCUAUUCUCACUGCUGUAUGAACCCUCUGCUGUAUAUGAUCUCACAGGAUUCGCAAAAGCAUCUGUUUAAUCUUUUGUGCUGUGAAAAACUGUGCAGGAAGAACAGAGAAAAAGACACCAGUCAGAAGACUUUUGUUAUUCAGAAUGUAGCUUUCACAGCAGAGAGCUCUGUUGUUAAGAGUAACUGAACACUGAUCCAUUAAGCAGGCACAAAUGAGCUGUUGAUUCAGUGUGUAAAUACUUUCAUUUGAAUUUACAUCUUUUAUAUAUUCUCUUGAAACAAUAUACAUCUAUUUUUCAGGUGUUUAAUGUGCCAACUAAAGGAUGUAUGUGUGUAAAAAUGUGUAUUUUAUGCUGCACCAUCAUUUUCUGUUUCUUCUUUUUAAAAUGUUGCUUAAAUCCAGUGAAGCUUUUUUGACUUUUCUGCUGUCUCAUGGGAAAAUGUGUCUUUUCUGUGGCAUGUGAAAUGAUUCCAUUAACACCAUCCCAGGUGGAGUCAAACUAGUGUGAUAUGCAAUACAAUGAGCAGUACCUAGAGUGACAUAGGGUAGGUGCUUAAUAGACAAAUUUAUGUAAUGCAGAUGUGCAGAUAUAUCAUUUAAGAAAGAAAAUGUUGAUGUUAUGCAAGCAACAGUAUUUGCUGUGACCUUUUGUUUCAUUGACUCUCAGCGACCCCUGUAGGCUCACUUAAUGUAAUUUAAGAUCUCUGUCAUAUUAUUGCACUUGCCUCAUCAUUUAAAGUGGCCCCUUUAAUUAAAAUUGUAUUCUAUAUACUUGUUUUGAGAAGGAAUGCCUAGAAAGUAAUAGUCCUCCCAAAGGUGGAGCCACCACUCCACCUGAAAAAGACUCAAGGGAAGGGAAAUCAUUGAUCAUUUAACAUUAAUCACAGUGUAAGAUACAAAACAGAGCAGUGGCAAAGUAAUGACAUUCUUUAUUUAAGUAGAAGUACAGACACCUGCAUAAAAAAAAUACUCCAGUAAAAGUUAAAGUACUGAGUCAACUUCUUUAUUUAGGUAAAAAUAAAUGGUAAAUGGCCUGUAUUUGUAUAGCGCUUUACUUAGUCCCUAAGGACCCCAAAGCGCUUUACACUACAUUCAGUCAUUCAUCCACUCACACACACAUUCACACACU